AUGACAGCACACAAGCCAGCACUUUUUCUCCACACCAUAUUACUCCUAGCUACAAUCCAAAAAAUCCACACACUAGAAGACGGAUACCUCAGAUACGUCAAAGAUGGCUGCUUUCUUAGAGGAGAAGCAUUAUCCUGUGUCAAAUACAAAGCAGUGAAAAUAGCUAAAAACGCAAUAUUUGGAGAAAAUUUGAGUAAAAACGAGACAAUUAAAGCUAACAAUAUAGUCAGUCUUGUACCUUUAGACGAAGAAACGAUUGAAAAACUAGGAAUCAAAGAAAAUAAAGAAGCUAAAGUUGUAACUAAUGAGCCGAGAGGAUUUUUGUCAGAAUGGGCGGAGCUUGCCAAGUAUGUUAUGAAGCUGGUCCAAGAAUUUUUCAAGGUCAAAGGAUUGAAAGUGAAUCUCCCUGAAGGAGCCAGAACUGUAGAAGAAGUUGAUGACAGUGAUACUGAACACAAUGACGGGGAUAAUACUGGAACUAAAAAUGUCCAGAAACGUGAUGUCGGUUAUGCUAAGACAGCUCGAGGCAAAAAGAAGAAGCUAGCAGUAAUAGUACCACUGCUGACACUGUUUGCAGUCCUCAAGCUGAAGCUCCUGCUCAUACCAAUCCUGCUGUCAGUACUGCUGAUCAAGAAGCUGUUAUUGAUUGCCGCUCUGCUGCUACCCAGUGUACUAAGCACCUUGAAGGCUUGUAAGCACCACCACCCGAUGUCCUACUCCUAUUUCGGAAGCAGUGACUCAAGCGACUAUUCAGCAGAUUACAAUAAUAAUUACGCCUAUUCAGCCAGUGGGGGAUACGGCAAGGACUGGGCCUCAAACAGGGCAUAUAACAUGAUGAAACACAGGCCCACACCCUCCCCGACUUACAUCACUGCGCCUGGCGCUGUUGCUUAA